CCUCAGCUGGAAAUUACGCCAGAAUUAGAUCCCAGUAUUUUGAAUAUUCUAGGGGACGAACCUGCUAAGGAAGAGGUGUUUAGCAAGGCUGUUCACAAGGAUAUUGCCAGCCGAUGGUCCGAUAUACUGAUAAAUGGUUUAAAGGACGAUGUCAAAAAGGAAAUUAUUUCAUGUCACGAUAUCCCUGAGAAUCUGACAUUGCUGCAGAGUCCUAUAUUGAACCCUGAAAUUAAAGCAGCGGUCAACGAAAAUGCGCUGAAGAGAGAUGUUAUCUUAUUAGAAAAACAGAGAAGUAUGGCUUGCGUCUUGACAUGUAUAGCCGACUUAAUGUCAUCGAAUUUAGAAAAUUCUUCUGACACCGCAGAAAACAAAGGAAGUUUAAAGUUACUCAGCGACGCGGGCCGCUUGUUAUGCCAUGUACAUUAUGAAGAGAGUUUAGCUAGAAGGAACUUUUUACAAGCUUGUCUUAGCAAAGACGUCAAAGAAAAUAUAAAGGACCUGAAACGAGACAAAUUCCUCUUUGGUACGGAUCUUUCAGAGAAACUGAAAUCUAUGAAGGCGAUAACGAAGACGGGCGCGGAGAUGAGACCUGCCUCAACGAAACCGAAGCCUCAACCUAGAAGCAGACCGGCUGAGGCUGGACCUUCGAGGGCUUUAAACUGGCGGGGCCCGCCACCGCCGGCGCCUCGGCGCGCGUACGCGCGGACGAGCUCGACGGCUGGUGGGCGCAGGCAGCCGGCAGCGACGGCGACGCCGCGCAGCGCGCGCCGCGAGCCGCGGCCGCGCAGCAGCAGGCCGGCCACCAGUCGCCGCUAAGCAGCGAGUCACAGGGCCGAACACAAGCUUCAGCGGAACCUUACCCUGGUGGCCGCUGUCUUAUCCGGACGGCGUUCCUGAAGCAGGGCGCUCCGCUGGAAGCCGUGGACGUGAUGCUGGCCUCGCUUACGGACAAUACUAUUAGUCAGUAUGAACCAUGUAUUAAAAAAUGGUUUUAUUAUUGCCAAGAAAUUAACAUCAAUAUUUAUGAUGCAUCAGUUAGGGAUGUAAUGGGGUUUUUAGUGAACCUUUAUAAUCAAGAUAAUAAAUACGGUUCCAUUAAUUCAGCAAAAUCAGCAAUAAGUCUUAUAGUAGGUUCUGAAAUUAUGAACGAUUUAAAGAUAAAACGAUUCAUGAAGGGGGUGUAUAAAUUGAGAACUCCCCUUCCGAGGUACAAUUCUACUUGGAAUCCAGCUGUAGUUUUAGAUUUUCUAAGUGAUCAAUAUCCGAACGAAAGCUUGCCGUUUGAUUUGUUAUCUAAAAAGUUAGCUACAUUACUAGCUUUGACCACUGCGCACCGUGUGCAGACUCUCUCUUUGAUUCGAGUGUCUAAUAUACAAAAAUAUGAGAGUGAGAAAUUUGUGAUUAAGAUCUCAGAUAAGAUUAAAACUUCUUCGAUUGGCAGAUCACAACCUUUGUUGAUUCUUCCUUAUUUUGACGAAAGGCCAUCUAUUUGUCCGGCUAGAACAUUAGAACAAUAUCUAAAAGCUACUGCUGAUAUAAGGCAAGAUAAUUGUGAAUUCUUAUUCGUAAGCUUAAAAAAACCAUAUAAAAAUGUAUGUUCACAAUCAGUGAGUCGCUGGAUUAAGGCCACACUGCAGGAGAGCGGGAUCGACACUUCAGUAUUCAGCUCUCACAGCACUAGACAUGCCUCUACGUCUGCAGCCAAUAAGCUUGGCGUAAGCAUAGAUAUUAUAAAAAGAACCGCGGGAUGGACAGGUAACUCGGCAUCCUUCGCCAAAUUUUAUAACAGGGAAGUAUUACCUGAUACAUCAGAGUCUUUUGCCCGGUCUCUUUGCAGUAUGACCUCCAAAUAAUUUUGUAUUAGGUUUUAACUCGUAACUUGUUGAUUAUUGAUAACCUAAGAUAAUUGUAAGGUAAACGGUUUGUUAAAACUGAAAUAUAGUAAUAUGUGAUUUUCAAACAUUGUUUAUUUCAGUUCAGCCUGCUUACCUAAAUAUUUCGUGAUGCUCUAAACAUCUACAUGUAAACUCAGUGUAAUCUCGAAAGGCGAAUUACUGAGUUUAAUAGAA